GUUUGAUGUUUAUUGACAACAUGGCCGCCGAGCUGGCUGUGGAUUUGGACAAGAUGGGAAUUUGACAGCGCUCGCCGGGUGUCCAAAUGAAAACACCGUGACGUGAAGAGAACAUGUGUAUUUGAAUGAAGGCACCCGUCAAACUACGGGAUGGUGUCAGCGAGCUGAAGAAACGUUCCGCGUAAACCCGUCAUGUCGUUUUUCAAGCGGAAAGCCAAAAGCAAAGAACCUGAGAAAGUGACCAAUACAAGCGUCAACAGAGGUCAAGUCAGCUCUCACUCUCCGUCGCUGUCACUGAAGAACAAUAAUGCCAUCCAGGACGCUGCUGGGCCCAGCCAUGUGGCCAUCAACGCCAUCUCUGCCAACAUGGACUCCUUUGCUCGCGGUCGCACUGCCAUCCUCAAAAAGCAGCCCAGCCACAUGGAAGCAGCGCACUUUGGUGAUCUCGGUAAUUCCAGUGUGAACUAUCAGACCCAGGAAACCCGCUCUCGACUCUCCAAGUCAGUGGACCAAGUGCUUCGGGACAAUGUGGCGAUCCCCCAUUACAUACGUUUUAUGGAGCGGCAGGGUGCUGACCAGCUGGUUCGCUUCUGGCUGGAAGCUGAACAUUUUCGGUCCACCAGCUGGUCACGGGUCCGAGCGCACAGCCUCAACUCGGUCAAACAAAGCUCCUUGGCUGAGCCCGUUCCCGCCUCCGCUGGCGGUUCAGAGGUCACGGAGUUGACCCAACACAAUGUCCUCAACCCGGAAUGGAACAGUGCAGAAAUCCUGGUUCUCCCCAAGCAACAGAACUCCACCACCACAGAAGCAGGUCUGAGACCUGGCACCCCUCGUGCAGAAACUCCAAGCAGGCAGGAUUCUUCCAGGACUGGGACACCCACCAAAGUGCAGUCAAACCACACCAUGAGAGACCUCUCGGACAAACUCAUGAAAAGUAUAGAGAAAGAUGCAGUUACCAUCUUCACCAAGUAUGUCUCUCCAGAUGCGGUGAGGCCCAUUCCCAUCACAGAACAGAUCCGAAAUGAUAUAGUUGCUAAAAUCUGCGGAGAGGAUGGCAUGGUGGACCCGAACUGCUUUGUCAUUGCACAGUCAGUUGUCUUCACCAUCUUAGAGGAACAGUGCUUUUUUGAAUUCCUACGGAGUCAUAAUUUCUGUAAAUACCAAAUUGAAGUGUUGACGAGCGGCUCCGUGUUCCUGGCUGACAUCUUGUUUUGUGAGUCAGCGCUCUUCUACUUCUCUGAGUACAUGGAAAAGGAAGAGGCGAUGAAUGUUCUGCAAUUUUGGCUCGCGGCUGACAACUUCCAAAACCAGCUGGCAGCAAAGAAGGGCCAGUAUGAUGGACAGGAGGCCCAAAAUGAUGCCAUGAUUCUUUACGACAAGUAUUUCUCACUCCAAGCAACAAACCCUCUGGGCUUCGGCGACUCAGUCCGCAUGGAGAUAGAGUCCAACAUCUGCCGAGAGGGCGGACCACUCCCCGAAUGUUUCACCACUCCGCUUCGACAGGCCUGGACCACCAUGGAGAAGGUCUAUAUGCCAGGCUUCCUGUCCAGUAACCUUUACUACAAAUACCUGAGUGACCUCCUCAAUUCGGUGCGGGCAGACGAGUUUGAGAAUGUCAGCACUCCAGGUCAAGGCGGGCCGGCAGACAACGAUCGUUCAAGUGCAAGUGCCAGCGAAUGCUCUCAGACACAGUCUGGUGGCAAAAAGGCAGCGAUAAAGAUCCUGAAAAACUUUGACGAGGCCAUAACCGUUGAUGUCGCCAGUCUGGACCCUGAAUCCUUGUACCAGAGGCCGUAUGCUGGAAGAAUGACAUUCGGGAGAGUGAAUGAACUUGGUCAGUUUAUCAGGGAGGCAGAACCAGAACCAGAUGUGAAGAAAUCCAAAGGCUCCAUGUUCUCCCAGGCCAUGAAGAAAUGGGUCCAAGGCAACUCCAACGAGGCUCAAGAGGAAAUGGCUUGGCAGAUUGCUAAGAUGAUCGUCAACGAUGUUGUUCAGCAGCCAAACCACGGCAGUCCUGGCAAGUCCACCAAGUUAUGACCCUACUGAGGACUGUCCCGCCCUGCUGGUCACUGACAGCACACUCUGUGGGCCCUGCAAUGACCUCAAGCACCAAAGUGUUCCAACUCCACAACACUAUAAAGAUGUGCUCAACUGAAUGCGACCAGAAUUCCGCCUGGUUGUUAAAGAAACUUUGCACUUCUUCAAAGAGACUAGAACCCCAUCGUUACAGCCUUUGUCUCAUCUCCGAGCUCUGGAAGAUGUCACACUCGCUUUUAAAACCAUUCCUUGUUUUUAGAAGAACUUCCACAAUUGUGGGGUCAGCACUUGCACACACAUUUCCUGGGGUUGUUUUGGCAAGUGUUGAACAAUGUAAGGCUAUCAUUAUUUGUAGCGUAUCUGCAAAUGUGGCAAUGACAAUUUGAUACAUGUCGUCUUAAACUUGGCACCUUUACUGAGCAUAGAAUACAAACUCCCGAAUGACUUCAAUAUGCUCAAGUUGUGUUGGACAAAUCCAUACUAUAAAUAUAUAUGUUUAUCCCAUAUAUACAUGUUAGUACUUAUUUUUAAUGGUGCGCACUGUCUUUUUGUUUGCAUCUCAGAAACAACUGGAAGUUUGCUCAAAUCAUGAACUUGUUUUCUUUUGAGCUGCACUGAGGUGUAGAAAAGAGCCAGAAAAGAGAUUUGGUACUAUGUACCGCUAAUGUUUUCUGAUAUGUAUGUGUACCUAAUCUAAAUAUAUUUAAAUGGUGUUUGAUUUAAA